UUUAAAUGAUUUCACAAUUGUAUACUUGGUUACAUAGUGAUUCAGCCGGUACAUAAGGGAUGUUAUACAUUUUAUUUGGGGCUUGUAGACCAUUGUAUAUAAGUUAGCCUCUUUACAUUACACCAAGAAUUCAACAGUAGAGCAUCGUUUUCUGCUUUCACUAUCAUAUUUUCAUUUUUAUUUUAAUUACUUUUUUCAAAAUGAGAUCUGCAUCUACUUUUGUGGGACCCAUAACCCCUCCUAAGUACUUCGCCAUUGAUAUCGACGGCACAUUCUUCACUACGAACCCAAAAGCUUUUGAAAAGAAUCGCCGAGCGUUCCGUAAGAUGGUUGAGGAAGGUUAUGUGCCGUUUUUAGCAACAGGCCGCUCAUAUGAGACUGCUGUGAUUGCGUUAAAAGAUAUAAUGGCUGACGGUCUAUAUUCCGGCUACCCUGGAGUGUACCACAAUGGUGCUUUGGUAUAUGACAAAGAUAAAACGCCGAUCUUCCGCAAAGCUUUUGACAAAUCUUUCAUACGUGAUGUUUGUGACGCUGCUAUAAAGAAGGGUAUCGAGACCAGUCUAGUAUUCCUUUCAGAAACUAAGAUUUAUUCUUUGGUUCCAGGAUCCGAGUGCGCUGACCGUCUUGCUAGUAUAUGGGAUUGGGAUUCUGAUCUCGUGGUUCGUACAGCGGAUGAAAUCGUUGAGCAGGAUAUUCUCCAAAUUAUGUUGUCUCGAUACAACGAAUUAUUUGAGCUCAUCAAGGGCAGGGAAGGUAUUGAUUACAUCACGAGGAUCGGUGAUCGUGGUAUGGGCGAUCUCAACCCCCCUGGAAUUAACAAGUCAACUGGAUUGAAGGCAUUGAUGGAGAAAUACAAUGCCGCACCUGAGGACUUUUGUUUUAUCGGGGAUGGAACAAAUGACAUUGAAGCGAUGGAGUUUGUACCAUUAUCUUUUGCAGUUGGUAACGCACAAGAAUGUGUGAAAUCGCACGCUAGAUUCGUGAUGGAUGAGACAAACGAUGACGGUGCUUUUUCCAAAUUGGUACAACUUGUAUACGGUAUACAGGUCGACUAAGCGCCUCAUCUGACCAUACAUCGUUAGAUUUAACUGCUAUUUCCUUGUAUUUAAACGUUUUGAUUCUUUGUUUCUGUGCCAGAUAUUCACUGGAAUUUUAUUAUACUGGAUCGAAAUAAAGAUCUUCUACGGAGAAAACAUCACUUAACACACUAGUCAACA